AUGAAUUUCUUAACUUCAAUUCAAAAAGGUAUAGCGGAAGAACGUCCUGAAUUGGUUCCAACUAAAGUAUGUCAAGAAAAAGCGAAACAAGAGGGUUUAAUAUGCGGAGGUGUGGCCGCAAUUUUAUCAGUCUCUUCUUAUAUAUAUCCUUUAACGAAUAUUUUGAAUUUAGUAACUUCGAUCGCAGCAGGAUACGUGAUUAGUAGAUCAUCAUUUAAUAAUUGUUUACUUGAUGUACAAUUAAAACAACAAAGAAUAGAAGCUGCAACAAAGUCGGAAUCAGAUAUAACAGCUAAUCAAGAAUUGCAAUCUAAAGAAUCUGUAUUUAUAGAUCCAUAUAACACGACUGAGGGCGAUAAUUAG